AUGGGAUUUCCCAUUCAUGAUGAUGGACUACAGCUGAAUCCAACUUAUCGAGAAAUGCGUCGUUGUUUAAUUGAUUUUGAAUGUUUGAUAGAAGAAAGAUGGAAUACAUCACGUGGAUUAAAAUCGGUGCCGGCGAAACUUGGAUCAUUAACUGUAUUUGCAUGUGCGCCGGGAACAACAGCAGAUGAUGGAACACAGAACGGACUGUUUACGAAACAUCUUUUGAGACAUUCGAGUACACCGAAUGAAGAUAUUCGAAUGAUUAUGACUGUAGUCAUAAAUGGAGUCAUAGAAGAAUCCAAUGAUAAGCAAAUUCCACAUGUAACUUCGAUGUUGAGACACAAGUACACAUGUUUAUACAAUGGAAAACAAGAAUGGAAUAGAUUUGUACAGACUGUUGCUGAAUGGAUGGGCCAUGGAGAUAGAUUAAAUCAACUUCAUUAUCUUUAUGGAGUCGGUUCUGAUAGAAAUGGAUCGAUCUUCAUUAUGGUGAGAGGAAAUCAUCGCGCUGUACGAUGGACAUCGAAAGCGCGCCAAGGACAGAUUGUUGAGUUUGAGAAUCAAACAGAUCAGCUCAGUCCAACAAUUAGCGAAGUAGGCUGCUGGCAAACAGGUGAAAAUUCUGGAGCACUAGUCGCUGGCGGAAACAAUUGUGGAGAUCAGCGAAAUCAACUCGAUCAUCCUACCGGGAUCUUCGUCGACGAAGAUCAAUCGGUUAACGUAUCAGAUGAAAUGGAUGAUCUAGCCGUUAACUGUUAUGGUCAGAUAUAUAUUACUGAUUGUAGCAAUCAUCGAGUUGUGCGUUGGUGUGAAGGCGGAAGGGAAGGUGAAGUUGUUGCUGGUGGCAACGAUCAAGACAGUCGAACGGAUCAAUUAUCGUGUCCUAGAGGUAUAUCAUUUGAUUCCGAAGGAUAUUUCUGUGUUUCCGAUUGUGACAAUCAUCGAGUACAAAAAUUUGUAUUAAUUUCGAAAUAA